GGGGGCAGCGAGCGCGGCUGUGGGGCCAUGGCGGGCCGCGGGGCUGGCUCCUCGGAGCACCUGGAGCGGCUGCACGACAUCUUCCGCGGCCUGCACGGAGACCUGAGGGGCGUCCCCGAGCGGCUACGGGGCAGCGCGGCCGAGGAGAAGAAAAAACUGGUUCGAGAAUUUGACGAUAAACAGCGCGAAGCCAAUGAGACGCUGCGUGAAAUGGAGGAAGAACUGAAGUAUGCUCCCCUGCCUUUCCGCAACCAAAUGAUGAGCAAAAUCCGAGCGUACAGAAGAGACCUGUCCAUGUUCCAGAGAGAGAUGAGAAGCACAGAUUUGGGAUUGGGCCACGGAAGUCAAGGCGAUAUAAAAUAUGGAAUCUUCUCCACAGAAAAUGAACAAAGUACUAAUCUGCAGUCACAGAGGGUGCUGCUUCUCCAAGGAACAGACAGUCUGAACCGAGCCAGUCAGAGCAUUGAGCGCUCACACCGAAUUGCUGCCGAAACAGAUCAGAUUGGCACCGAUAUAAUCGAAGAACUCGGGGAGCAGCGGGAACAGCUGGAACGCACCAAGAGCAGAUUGGUGAAUACAAGUGAGAACUUGAGCAAGAGUCGUAAGAUUCUACGUUCAAUGUCCAGGAGUUACUUAAUGGAGUACAGGCAGUUGAACACUACUGAAUUAUGCUGCUCUGUCAGGAUAGUGUGGAAUCUUUAACCAUCCAAACUGCAGUGAGGACACAAGCAAGUCACAGUGAAUUGCUAAUGGUGACUUUAGGUGCAACUUCUCCUUAUUCAGCUUGGAAAAACGGUGCCAUCAGUCGCUGCAGCAUUAAGCAAGUUAGAUGUCUGAUGACACAGACAAAUCUGUUUAGGCCACAGCACUGCCCUAGAGCAGCUAAGCUAUCCUAUGAGACACUGAGCCUCAUCAUAUACUAUUUUGAUGACUAAAGCCUUGGAUACUUAAGUGGAUUUGCACUUUCUUAACUAUAUUGUUUAGUUUGCCUUACAAACCAAUUCAUGGAUUGUACUUCCAGUAGGUACUUAUCCCCUAACAAGCUUUCCUUACAGCCAUUGCUGAAGGAAGUUAUGAUAAGUGUAUAAUUUUCAAUAGUAAAAGCACAUUUUUAUUUUUAUAGCUUUACUUCAGCCAUGUAGUUCCAAGGAAAAGCACCACAAUGAGGGUUUUAACAUAUAAGUGACUUUACAUGACAUUAAAGGAUUUAGCAUUUAAGUGACAUUAAGGACUUCAAUUGUUGUUUUCCUCUUUGCUUAGUUGAAUAAGUAGGCAAAGAUAGAGCAGUGAUCUGUCUUCUGUGGGGCAGGGACAGAACUGCUAUUGUUGAAAUAGAAGAUUUCAGCAAUUUCCAGGAAAACAUGAGUAGUAAAUUGCUGUUUGUCCCCUUCUGCUUGUAAGAGCUAUUUGAAAAGCACUCUGGGGUCUAGCUGAAACAGGGACUAUACUUACAGAAGGUAAGAUGGUGAUCUAGAUCUAGCAUCUACUUUCAUAAACCAGUGGGGGGAAAAAAGCUAUCUUCGAUUUUUAUUUUUUUUUUUUUUUUUUU